ACCCUAUCUGGGGGAAUCCUGGCCUCCGCCGCUAGGAACACAAGCGCGAGGGCUGCGGGUGUUACUGUAAAAACCAUCCUCCAUUUCCACGCCGGAAGCUGCCACUCCAGCAGCGGAAGAGGCCCGACCUCCGAGUCGCUAUGUCCACCAACAGUAUGUCGGACCCACGGAGGCCGAACAAAGUACUGAGGUACAAGCCUCCGCCGAGCGAGUGUAAUCCGGCCUUGGACGACCCGACACCAGACUACAUGAAUCUGCUCGGCAUGAUCUUCAGCAUGUGCGGCCUGAUGCUCAAGCUGAAGUGGUGCGCUUGGGUUGCUGUCUACUGCUCCUUCAUCAGCUUUGCCAACUCCCGGAGCUCUGAGGACACUAAGCAAAUGAUGAGUAGCUUCAUGCUGUCCAUCUCUGCUGUGGUGAUGUCGUAUCUGCAGAACCCUCAGCCCAUGACUCCCCCCUGGUGAUGUCAGCAUAAAGGGGUCACAUCCUGGACCCCUCUAUUCACCUCCCCUCAGGCCUGGUCUUUGGCUGCUCAGCCUUCUGCCCUCAGCUGCUGUCCUGGGCUUCCCUGAGUGAGGUAGUCACAGGGUUCACAGCUCGGUGGAAGGAACCUGGCCCUUUCCCUGCGAUCCCACUUCUGGGGCAGCUAGGAGAGUAACCUAGGCCUACCCCUCCUGCCUGCCUUCUCCACCCUCCUUGUUGCUGGGGGAGAUGCUGUCCACGUUUCUAGGUGUAUCCACUCAUUUUCCUGUUGAAACCAGUUAAUAAUAAAGUUUUGCAUUCUGGCUGUU